AUGGCUCCAACUUGGCUUUUGCUCCUUGUCUGCCAAGCUUUAUACACCACUGUGACAUCUAAGAAAGUGUGUGGCCGGCCACCGAUCACUGAUGGUAUUGAUGAGUCAACACUGAAACGUGUGUAUGAGGUUGGAGAGGAGGUGACUCUCACGUGUGAACUGGGAUACUUGCCUUCAACUGCGACUCCUCGCAGGAUCGCCUGCUCCGCCACAGGACAGUGGACAAACUCAGACCUGACAUGCUCCCCCAAGAUGUGUCAGAUCCCAAGACCUCUGCAGGCCUUAGCCAUGGGAAGGACAGAGGUCCCAUUCAAGAGCGUGCUUAACUACACAUGUGAUGAUGGGUAUGUCCUGCAGGGAGCCAACGAAAGCAGAUGUUUACAUGACGGCACCUGGAGCCAUCCGCCUCCCCUCUGCAAAGCUGUCAGCUGUGCUUUGCCCAAACCGCCAAGAGAUGGCAAAAUUGUCCAUGACAAGACGAUUACUGGAUCCACCACCAUGUACGGGCAGGGCUGGACGUAUGAGUGCAACCCACCCAAAGCACCAAGCUAUGAGAGGGGAUACUGCAUGGCUGAUGGGAAUGCCACCGAACCACCAGUGUGCCGUGACGUGAGCUGCUCCAUCCCAGCAGGCAUACCAAAUGGCUUCAUCACUUUUGCGAUAAUGAGGGAACAUGGCUACAAGGAGAAGGUCAAGUACGGCUGCAAUGAGCACUAUGUUCUGGAUGGAAACGCGGAGAUAGAGUGCCAGAACACAGGGAACUGGUCUGCCAAGCCAAUUUGCAGGGCCCCCUGUUCGGUUGGCAUCAAAAGAGGCCGCAUCUUCUACAAUGCCAAGAAGCUCUGGAUCGCUGAUCUGAAACCCAACAGAGUUCUCCACGGAGAAAUUGUUGUCUUCUACUGUCUGAACAGAGCUGAGAAGUGCGGCUACCCGGUGGCCAGCACCUGUAAUGAUGGGACACUCCCAAUCCCAGAGUGCUUUGAGGAACCAGGCAAAGUGGAGUACACCUUAAGGCCCAAAACUCUUCCAUCAGAGAUCAGGAUGUGUGCUGCCUCCCCUGAAAGACCCACAAGCCCUACAAGAACUGCAUAACAUUGCACAGCCCUGCCUGAUACGGGAAACCACU